AUGAUAGAGGAUACAAUGACUUUGCUGUCUCUGCUGGGUCGGAUCAUGCGUUACUUCUUGCUCAGACCGGAGACCCUGUUCUUGCUGUGCAUCAGCCUGGCCCUGUGGAGUUAUUUCUUCCACACGGAUGAGGUGAAAACCAUUGUUAAGUCCAGCAGGGAUGCGGUGAAGAUGGUGAAGGGCAAGGUGGCCGAGAUCAUGCAGAAUGACAGGCUCGGGGGUUUGGACGUGCUGGACGCGGAGUUCUCCAAGACCUGGGAGUUCAAGAGCCACAACGUGGCUGUCUACUCCAUCCAAGGCCGGAGGGACCACAUGGAGGACAGGUUCGAAGUCAUCACCGACCUGGUGAACAAGACUCACCCCUCCAUCUUCGGGAUAUUUGAUGGGCACGGAGGAGAGUCGGCGGCGGAGUACGUGAAGUCGCGGCUGCCCGAGGUGCUGAAGCAGCACCUGCAGGACUACGAGCGGGACAAGGAGCACAGCGUGCUGUCCUACCAGAGCAUCCUGCAGCAGCAGAUCCUCUCCAUCGACAGGGAGAUGCUCCAGAAACUCGCCGUGUCCUAUGACGAAGCAGGCACCACGUGUCUGAUCGCGCUGCUGUCCGACAAGGAGCUCACCGUGGCCAACGUGGGCGACUCGCGGGGCGUGCUGUGUGACAAGGAUGGCAACGCCAUCCCCCUGUCCCACGACCACAAACCCUACCAGCUGAAGGAGAGGAAGAGGAUCAAAAGGGCUGGUGGAUUCAUCAGCUUCAAUGGCUCGUGGCGCGUGCAGGGCAUCCUGGCCAUGUCGCGCUCGCUGGGCGAUUACCCCCUGAAGAACCUGAACGUGGUGAUCCCUGAUCCUGACAUCCUGAGCUUUGACCUGGACAAACUGCAGCCAGAGUUCAUGAUCCUGGCCUCGGACGGGCUGUGGGACGCCUUCAGCAACGAGGAGGCCGUGAGGUUCAUCAAGGAGCGCCUGGACGAGCCGCACUUCGGGGCCAAGAGCAUCGUGCUGCAGUCCUUCUACAGAGGCUGUCCCGACAACAUCACAGUCAUGGUGGUGAAGUUCAGGAACAGCAGCAAAGCAGAGGAGCAGCAGUGA